ACGACAUUACGAAGUAGCGGCUCGAGUUAACAACUUUGUGAGGAGCCAUUGAUUCCCCGACUCAAGGGCUCAACGCCGAUCCUCUUCCUCCCUCCGUCGUCAAACUGAACGAUCCUCCGCCGCCUCCUCUGUCACCUCCGGACGGCCUCUCGUUCUCUCAACCUUCAGAGCCACAACAAUGCCUUUCAGGAGAUUGAUAGAGGUGGAACCGCCGAGCCCGCUGAGAUACAUAAUCGGAGCGGCGAUCAUGAUGAUCGGAGUAGUCUUACCCGUCGGUUACAUGAUGUUCCGUAACAAGCGCGUCCCUACUUCUUCUUCGUACUCCAAACAGACGUAGAAACAAAGUUUUGAUAUAGAGACAGAGAGAGAGAAAGAGAGAGAUUAGUGAGAUUACAAGGAUUUCGGAUUUGAUUUUUCGUGUUGAGAAGUUGAAAAGCUGCGAGGCACUGAUGGAUCCGUCACCGUCAUUUACAAAUGUAAAUUCAUUCAAACUUCAUAUCUGUUAUAUGGAUUACUUAAGCGAAAUUCUGUACAAUGAUAUAUGCAUGUGAUUUGAUAUAGUCUUGUACCUCUUGGUUUCGCUAUUCAACUGGAAUUGAUGCUUGUUAAUUAUAACAUAGUUUGCCUCUC